AUGGUGCCGGGGCCGCCUGGGAGCCAGAUUGCUCCUCUCCCUACCAACCUGCCCUUCCGCCUCGUCAGCAAGACAAUCGGCCAGGGCGCAUAUGCAUCAAUCCGCAAAGCUGUCCCCCACAAUGCGCCCAAACCCAUCAUCGCCAUCAAAUUCAUCAACAAGGAACAUGCCUUCAAGCAGGGCCGCCUCACGCCCAAGCAGAUCAAGAUGGAAAUCGUGCUGCACCAGCACCUCGGCAAGCACCACAACAUCAUCCACUGUCUGGGCUCCGGCGAGGACGCGCUGUGGACGUGGAUCGCCAUGGAGCUUGCUGAUGGUGGCGACCUGUUUGACAAGAUCGAGGCGGAUGAGGGUGUGGGCGAGGAUAUCGCCCACUUUUACUUCUCGCAGCUGGUUAGUGCUGUAGGGUAUAUGCACUCUAUGGGCAUUGCGCAUAGGGAUAUCAAGCCUGAGAAUGUGCUGUUGAGCGCUGAGGGUGAUCUCAAACUCUCUGACUUUGGGCUCGCGGCGCUGUUCAAGAAGGAUGGCAAUCUACGGCUUUGCAACACCGUAUGUGGCUCGCCGCCAUAUAUUGCGCCCGAGAUAGUCAGCGGGCGGCGGAGCAAGAGGACCGACAUGCUGGACGUUGGAUACGCAGCGAACGUGUGCGACAUCUGGAGCUGCGGCGUGGUGCUGUUCGUGCUGCUAGUGGGCAACACACCAUGGGACGAGCCGACAACGCGCAGCGACGAGUUCAGAGAGUACGUCGACACGGGUGGCCACACGACAGACGAGCUGUGGCAGAAACUCCCCGCAGGCAUCGUCUCGCUGCUACGCGGCAUGCUCAAACUCGACCCUGCCACACGCUUCACCCUCGACGAAGUCCGCACCCACCCCUGGUCCACGAGAAAGAACCCCUAUCUAUCGCCCUCAGGACGGAGCGCAAACCCCAUCGGCCUAGCCACACAAAUGCUCUCCCAGCUACGCAUAGACUUCUCCCGCGGCCCCACACUCUCCCAGCGCGCACUCUUCCAAAACGACCCAGACGCAAUGGACAUCGAAUCCGCACCCGCCACCAACCUCGCCGCCCACAUCAGCAAGUUCUCCUCAACGCAGCCCGAGACGCCCUCUGCCGAAACGCCCUUCGACUGGGAACGUCCACCACGCCUACCCUCGCACGACGGCAUAUCAGCCUCGCAGCCCGCGGCUGGAAAACACACACACGCACUAUACCCCUCGCAAACGCAGCCACCCGCCCCAGCAGUCUUCCUCUCCCAGCUCCCCUCCUCAACACAAGACAUGCUCGCCCAAGACCCCUCCCUCACUCAAUUCACCCCCACCCCCUCCAUCCCCCUCACCCUCACCCAGGCCGCCCGCCGCUUCGCAGACGUCCUGCCCUCGUACUCCCUCGCUCGCUUCAUCUCCCCGCACUCCCUGGGCCUGCUUAUCCCGCUCCUGCUCUCUGCGCUGCAUAGACUGGGCGUGCCGGCCCCGACGUUCAGCGACGAUAUGAUUAGUGAGUGUGAGGAUGUGGGGAGCGCGAGUAUUCGGGUUAAGAUGGCGGAUGGAAGGAGGCAGGGGCUUAAUGGUCAUGUUGUUGUUGAGACGGCGGUUUAUGAUGGGGUGGCGUAUAGUGAGGCGAGGUUUGUUAAGGCGAGUGGGGAUCCGUUGGAGUGGAGAAGGUUUUUUAAGAAUGUGGUUGUUUGUGUGGGGGAGGUGGUGUUGAGGUCGGGGUGA